AUGAGCGACGGCAUGGAGCCAAAAGUGGACCUGUUGGAAUUGGACCAGAAGCCCAUGACGCCAGCCGUAGACGUGACCCAGAUCGCGAACGCCAUCUGUCGCAUUCUCAAAGACGCGGAUCUAGAGCAGCUCUCACGUCGCAUGAUCCGGAAGCAACUGGAGGCGGAGUUCCACACGGACCUGUCGAAUUACAAAGACGUGAUUAAUGCGACGAUUCUGGAGGUUAUUGAACAGCAGCAGGCCGACGAUGAGGAUAAGGGGCUAGAGCCGGAACCAAGUGACGACGAUGAAGACGACGAGGAGGACAAGCAGGAAGGACAGAGGAAGAAAAAGACGGCACUUACGAAGAAGAAGGCGACACCGAAGAAACGCAAACGGAAGGCAGAGGGGGAGGAAGGCAAGAAGACGGGUGGGGGAGGAGGCUUUAAUGCUCAGUUGUGCUUGUCUCCAGAGCUUGCACAGGUUGUAGGUGCAGAGACUAUGGCGAGACCUCAAGUUGUCAAGGCACUAUGGGCCUACAUACGAGAGCACAACUUGCAGGAUCCAAACAAUAAGAAGUCCAUUAUCUUGGAUGAUACACUGCGUGGCGUGUUCCAACGUGACUCGUUCACGAUGUUUAGUAUGAACAAGUUUGUCAAACGUCAUGUGCGCAAGCCUGACGAUAUGCCACCUGGAGGAUGGAGUCAGAUCCCGCGUGAUGGCGUCUCAAGUGAUGAAGACACGGAAGCAAAGGCGAAGAAGAAGCCGGCUAAGCGAAAAAAGAAAACCACUUCGACGGAAGAGGGAGACGAUGAAGUCAAAAAGAAGGCAAACCCGUUCAACACGGAGCUGUCCCUGUCACCGGAACUGGCUUCGCUCGUCGGUAGUGACCGUUUGGCACGGCCGCAGAUCGUGAAGGCAUUGUGGGCAUACAUUCAUGAGCACGACCUGCAGGAUCCGCAGGAUAAACGCACCAUUCUUCUGGACAAUAGGAUGCGGCAGGUUUUUCAGCGGGACUCUUUCACCAUGUUCUCUAUGAACAAAUAUAUCAAGCGCCACGCACGCAAAUUGGUAGAUUUGCCUCCAGGCGGCUGGACCGACAUCCCGCGCGACGGAUUAUCGAGUGACGAGGAUGAGAACAAGCCCAAGAAGAAAACUCGGAAAGGUAAAUGA